CGUCACGUGCGUGUCCCGGCCAGCCUGACCCCCCGCCCACUCAAGCCCGCCGGUUCCUGACCCAGGUGCAGACAGAGCCCUAGCGUCGCGUCCCGGCCCGGCUCCAGCGCAGCAUGUCCCACCAGACCGGCAUCCAAGCUUGCGGAGAUGUUAAAGAUACCUUUGCCAGAGCAAGAUAUGGACAAUACAGGAUUUUAAAAAUAGUUAUUGAAAAUGAACAGCUUGUAGUGGGAUCCUCUAGGCAGCCUGAUGAAUCAUGGGAAAAGGAUUAUGAUUCCUUUGUUCUUCCCCUUCUUGAAGACAAGCAACCAUGUUAUUUAUUGUACAGAUUAGAUUCUCAGAAUGCUCAAGGAUAUGAAUGGAUCUUCAUUGCAUGGUCACCAGAUCACUCUCAUGUUCGUCAAAAAAUGUUGUAUGCAGCAACACGGGCAACUCUGAAGAAAGAAUUUGGAGGUGGUCACAUUAAAGAUGAAGUAUUUGGAACAACAAAGGAUGAUGUUUCGUUGAAUGGAUACCAGAAAUACUUGAUAUCACAGUCCUCCCCUGCCCCUCUGACUGCAGCAGAAGAGGAACUUCGGCAAAUUAAGAUUAAUGAGGUACAAGUGGAAGUCGGUGUAGAUACCAAGCAUCAGACACUGCAAGGAGUAGCAUUCCCUUUGGCUAAGGAAGCUAUUCAGGCUUUGGAAAAACUGAAAAAUAAACAGCUCAACUACGUGCAACUGCAAAUUGAUAUAAAAAAUGAAACUAUUGUUUUGGCCAACACACUCCAUACUGAACUUAAGGAUUUGCCAAACAGGAUUCCAAAGGAUUCUGCACGCUAUCAUUUUUUCCUUUACAAGCAUUCCCAUGAAGGAGAUUACUUGGAAUCCAUAGUAUUUAUCUACUCUAUGCCUGGGUAUACGUGCAGUAUUCGAGAACGGAUGCUAUAUUCUAGCUGCAAGAACCCACUGUUAGAAAUUGUAGAAAGACAACUGUGGAUGCAGAUAAUUAGAAAGAUUGAAAUAGAUAAUGGUGAUGAGUUAACUCCUGACUUCCUUUACGAAGAGGUUCAUCCAAAACAUCAUGCACACAAACAAAAUUUUGCCAAGCCUAAAGGUCCUGCGGGAAAAAGGGGAAUCCGAAGACUAAUUAGGGGUCCUGCAGAUGCUGAAACGCCCACUGAUUAAAAUCUAUUACUUGCACUGGUAAUAAUAGAUUACAAUGAGAUGAAAAAUUCCAAUUUUUAGUAAUGAACUGAAAUCAUUCCACACUGAUAUAUGCUAGAAAUAAGCCUUGUUUUUCCAUAGCACUUAUCUGGCUCUGCCAUUUUAGAGUUUAUAUUGUCCAUAUAGUGUGGAAGAGUUGUUAAUCAGUUCAGAACUAGAAAAGGAUUACAAAACUAGUAGUGCUUUAUUUUUAAUUAUUUAAUAGCUAUACACUUUAUAAUGAACUCCUGAUCUCUGUACUGAAUAUUGAUUCUAUGUAAUCUGCAGUCAGUUCUUACUAUUGGGUUAACUGUCACUGUGGGGCUAGAUUUGCAAACAUUUUCUCACACGAGGAGCCCACUGAAGCUAAUGAGAGUACUCCUUUGAGUAAAGAUUUGCAGGAGUGAAUUCUGUAGCAGUGUUCCAAAUAAAGACAUACUUUUUUUCCUUGCAGCCAUCAUGAAGGAAAACAUUUUAUUGUAUGUAAUAUCUGUCUCAGAAUAGAGAAGCUGACUGAAACUAAUCUACCUGAUGCAAAUAUUCAGGAAUAGCUAGAUUAUUUUUCACACAGAGAUUUUGCUGCUUGAAAUUAACUUCUAGUUUUGUGGAACUGUCAUUUAACGAAAUCUGACACUGAAAGCACUAGAAUUAUUCAUACGUUUAUACCAUCCUUAAACUGUUAUGUACUGUAUGAUCAAGUAAAACACUACAAAUUUGCAUAAGUCAGUGCAUUCAGUCAAUUAUGGAGCUGCUCUAAAAUCACUAUACUAAAAUGUUUCUAAAUCAUUCUGUUAAACUAUAUUACCUGUACACUCUGAUGCAAAAUUGUUUAUGCUUAGUAAAAGGCUUCAUGAUACUGAAUCAGUUCUUGAGAGAAAACAAAUUGAUUACAAAUGGUUUUCCAAUGCAUUUGCCGUUUCUGCUGCAAUAUAAUAAAUACAUUAUGAAGGCAGCUUUUUUCCUUGGAUUUGUAAAUGCUGUUUAAUUUCAGAACAUUCAACUUGUUUUUAAAAAAAACUGCUGGCAGAACCUUAAUAGCUUUCACUUUAGUUCUUUUAUUGUUUUUCUAAAUCAGCUACUAAAAUAAGAAAAGGAGAGUCUCAAUUUGCUUUAAGUAGAUCUAAUCUGUUCAAUAGGAAUAGCAAAAAUACACAUUUCAGAAUAAGUAGGUAAGAAAAUCAAGUAUUAGAUAUGUCAGUUAAGUUCUGGAUGAGCUUAAAUAAUUAAAAUUUGCUUAAAUGUGACAAAUGAUCCAGUAGUCAAAGUAUAUUCCUAAUAAUGCAGUGGUUCUCAAACUUGCAUUGCUGACCCCUUUCACACAGCAUGCCUGAUUGUGACCCUCCUUAUAAAUUAAAAACACAUUUUUAUGUUUAACACUAUUAUAAAUGCUGGAGGAGAAGCAGUAUUGUGGGUGGAGGCUGACAGCUGGUGACCCCCCCCAUGUAAUAACCUCACAAUCCCCUGAGGAGUCACGACCCCCAGUUUGAGGAUCCCAGUUCUAAUGGGACUUAGGUUUUUUAAAAGAUCUAAAUAUGAAGUGUUUGCAGGUCUUCGGUCAUUUCAUAAUACAUCCUAGGUGUUGGGCAUGUACAUUAACAGAUGGCAACAUCACAAUUGUGCUUGCUUCGUGGGAGAUGUAUUUUAAUCUCAUUUUCUGGGGAGAUAAUGCAUUAGCAGUAAUACUUCCUGGUGUCAUUUACUUUAGCUCCUCCGAUUAUUUCCAUUAUUAAAAAUGUUUUGUUACCCAAUCUGUUAAGACUGCACUGAACAAUCUGAAAACAACGACAGAGACUUUUAAGUCUAUUUUAUACUGCAAUAAAAAUUUACAUUUCAGCUAUUUUUAAAAAUUGCAUAUAUUGUAUCAGUGCUGUUCAAUAUAUUUCUCUGAUCCUCAGUUAAUCUCCUUCCAUCCCCUCACUGCUCUGAUCUUCCUCCUUUGUCUCUUUUGCCCUCUUGUAGGGCAAAGAGGUUUGUUCUCCCACAGAUUUUUUCCCCCUCUCUUCCCUGCACCUAUCAGGUAUGUCUCAUGUUUUAGCUUAACAACAUAAUGUCUGUGUAGUACAUUGAACAAACCACUAUAAAAUUGCUAUGUGUUUAUUUAAAAUAACUGAAUCAGGAGCUACUUAGUGCUCUCAACUCCAUUUUAAAAAAAUGUGAAGUUAGACCCUCGUGAUUAAAAAGCACUGCUGCAGAAGAAACUUUUUAGAAACAUUCUUCAACAGUUUUUCUCACUGUUUCUCUGUCAGGAAUUUUAUCAGCCCUGUACUUGUGGCUCAGUUGACUUGUGCAAUUAAACUUUUACUUUGAAGUGGGAAUAUUAAAGGCUUUCAUAUUUUAGGUCUUAUGGUUUUUGGUUAUGAAAUGGUCAAGUCUAGUUGGAUAUUUGUAGGUAGUAUUACUACACUGCACUACUCACUGGUUGAAGGUUAGAAAUAUUGCUUGGGAUGAAAUUUAAGUUUUUGUUUUAAAUGUAACUUUAAAAGGAAAAUAAUAAAAUUAGCUCUCGUAAUCUUGGGACUCAGUCAAAUAGAACAUGUGUGAUCUGCUGAUCCAUACAACUUGCUGAAGUCUGGAGCUAUAGUGCCAUUACUGCAGCCUAUCCAGGGGAGCUGCUGCAAAAGGGCAGAAAAACCCAACUCCUCUCCAGUUUUGUCAAGGAAUUAUAGACCUGGAGGAGAACUAGCAAAAUGAAUGUUCUCUUGUGCCACAAAAUACCCUGUGUAGGCCCUUUCUGUGCCCUCUAGUCCUGAGGUGUAGGUCUGUAGAAAAUUUUGUAUAGCCCUUGUGACACAUAUUACAACUGCAUGCAAUAUCUGUGGGGACCAUUUUGUGUGAAGUGUAUGAGUGAUCAGUGUAACACUUGCUGGGCCAGGAAUUGUAUGCGACUCCAAGGGAGGAAGGUUGCCACAGUUCUGCUAGGAAUUGAAAACAGUAGGAGGUGAUUAAGUUGAAUCACUCAGGUUGUAAACACCUCCAGAGAGGUACCAUCCCUCACAAGGUUUGGUUCAAACUGGUUUGGACCCUGGUUCAAACUGGGUCUUCCCAGAAACCAACAGCCAAAGAAAGUGCUUUUGAAAUAAAAAGCCCUGGUUUAAACUGACUUGGGGACUUCUUUCUGUUCCAGCAACUAGAUAGGACCAUCUGUCCAAGGGCUCCAACCUUUGCAGGAGGGUUGAAAAGAUUUUGGCCUACUAGGGCCCGAUAAGACUGAUGGGUGACCUCUGCUAAGCUUUUAGCACCUAUAUAGGAACUUGGGUUUUCAUGUUUUACUGUAAUGCUUUUACCUUAAGAAUAAAUGUGCUUGCUUAGAAAGAUUGUGCAGUAACUGGUAAUAGUUGGCAAUAUGCUGUUCAUAGCCUUUGGAGAGAAAGUAUAGCAGAGCCGUGGGCCUUUAGGCAGACUGGCUUGCUAGGGAUACCACAGUGUAAGGCAGGCAGCUGUGCAGGCUUAACCCCCCUGGGGCAGUAGGGAGAAAAGUUGGGUGCUCUCAAGGGACCAUGGAGGGGGUGAUAUGGGUUACCGUGAAACUAUCAGCCCUAUGUCAGGAGUAGGUCUUCAGUGGUGCCUCAGAGUGUGGAGGAGAAUUGGCUUCUCCACUUACCCUACAGAGUAGGUAGGAGAGACUGUUGUCCCCAUUGCUUAAUCAUCAGACUGCUGAUGUAGGGGCUUAUGAGCUCCCUGUCACUAUCACCUAAUGGGCUGUUCUGGAACCCAUCCAAAGCCAGAACAUGUCAGACUGCAGCCUGUUAAAAAAAAAUUUCAUGUCAACUGCUGGCUAACAAGCGCUGUGUAGUCUUUGCCGAUAUACAACCAACGUGCAACGUGGAGUGUUACUGCACUUUCCCUCCACACUCCAACCCAGAAAGACAAAGCCUGUGCUUAUGGUAAAAUAGUCUCUUGGAAUAGGACGCAGCCCCAGUCACUAAUGGAGUUGAAUGGGGCCUUAUGCUAUGCAUGCUGAAGUAUUCACCCCACCACAUUAUCUAUUCUGUCAUAUAUGUUCAAGAGACAAAAGCACUAAGUAGUAUCUGCUUAAUACUUUCUUGUCAGUGAACACUUAGAAGCAGCACACAAUAAGGGCAUUAAUAAAAGCCAGGACUGUUGUUUCUUGAAAUAUUACUGGUCAUUUGAUGGUUAAAUGACUCCUUUCUAAAAUGCUUUUUGCCUUCAUAAAGCACAUGGGGAAGGAUGUAGCUGCUAGAACAAAUGAAUGUUAGUAAUGUAAUGAAUAACUCAAAUCCCCUAGUUUAUUUAGUAGAUUUGUUAAUAGAAAAAAUAUAGAUGACGAGCAGGUGAUAAAUUACUUUUGAAACAUCCAUAUGGUAAAAGGUAAAUUUGGGGGAAAUGAGAUUUUUAAAUUAAGAAGUUAAUUUGUGUUAGAGGUCUGUAUAACAAAUCAUGCUAUUAAUAUCAUUUGCUUUAUGUAGGCAUUGGAUAAAUCUAAAAGUGAUUAAAAUACUGAUUAUGGAAUCUUUCCCCCAGUACAUAUGUAUUGAAUGUAAAACACCUUCAAACAUUUCAGUUAAUUAAACCUCUUCUUACUGUCUAUUUUGUAAUUUUAGUUUAUCAAUAAAAACUGAAGUUUUGGUUCAGUGUUA